AUGUUACGCCUAGGACUAAUAUCGGUCUUAGUUAUUGCUCUUGCAAAUGGUAAAAAUUUACGCCACGAGGUCCGGAAGUUUCCAGACGGUUUCCUUUUUGGGACGGCUACUUCUUCGUACCAAGUAGAGGGAGCUUGGAAUGACGAUGGAAAAGCUGAAAGCAUCUGGGAUCGUUUAACUCACUCUCGACCAUGCUCUGUCAAAAAUUGCGAUACCGGCGAUGAGUUUAGGCCAAAACAUGGUGGAACUAUUGGAAUUGUCUUAAGUGCUACUUGGUAUGACCCUGAGACUGAAAACGAUGUGCAAGCUGCAGAAGACACUAAUCAAUUCGAGUGGGGCCAGUACGCUCAUCCUAUCUUUUCGGAAAGCGGAGAUUUUCCACCCGUAAUGAAGAGUCAGAUCGCCGCCAAGAGUGCCGAACAGGGUUUUACCAGGUCAAGAUUACCAGAGUUCACGUCAGAAGAAAUUGAACUUGUAAAGGGGAGCUCUGAUUUCUUCGGCGUUAACCACUAUACCAGCGCUAUAGUUUAUAGAAAUGACUCUGUCAUUGGUUACCAUGCGUCUCCCUCUUAUUACGAUGACAUCAACAUUAUUUCUUAUAAGCCUGAUGACUGGCCUGGAUACGAUUGGUUAAGGGUGAUCCCGGAAGGCUUUUAUAAACUUUUAACCAAAAUAAGAGAAGAUUACAAUAAUCCCACCGUAUUUGUUACUGAGAACGGGCGUAUGCAAAUCACUGCAGGUCUCGAAGAUGACGAGAGAGUGACGUAUUACAAACUGUACUUAGAAGCCAUGUUGGAUGCUAUGGAUGAAGGAUCUGACGUACAAGUUUACACAGCAUGGAGUCUGAUGGACAAUUUCGAGUGGAUGAAGGGAUACUAUGACCGAUUUGGUUUAUAUGAAGUUGAUUUCUCAAUUCCGGAGCGACCACGCACUCCGCGUAAAUCGGCGUAUUUCUUCAAGGAAAUUAUUCGCACAAGGUCGCUGGAUAUGCACUACGAGCCGGAUAUGUCUGCUCCCAUGAUGAUUGACGAAGGACAUUAA